UGCUUCAGCCAAUCGCUUGCAUUAAACACGCCUUUUUGGGUGCGCGAUCAGGUCUUUCCGGAUAUGCAUGUACUUUUUGUUUAUCUCCACUUGGACGAGCCAAGGCAAGUUAAGACAUGGAUGCUACGCAGAUGAUCAGUGACUCAACCUUGGAGUCUGAUGAGGAAGAAAAUGAAGAGACCAGUGACAAUCCGAGGGGACGACCUGUGGCCAAACUGUGCGUCUUAAAAAACGAACAUAUCUCUGAGACAGAGUUGCCCCUUUUUUUGGGAGAUAAUGUGCUUGGCCGUGACCCCAACACCUGCACCCUGCCCUUGUCAGCGGCCUCAGUGUCCAAGCAGCAUGCAAUCAUCUGCAUCUCAGUCUACAGGGGAAGAGGUUGUCACACUGAAGAUCAGAUGGAGGCUUUGCUUUGGGACCUAGGGAGCACCAAUGGGACCCGUAAGGGCCGCUUAAAGCUGACUCCUAAUGUACGCUAUGCCCUCAGUGGAGGUGACAGUGUGGUGGUGGCGGACAUCCCAUGUCAGUAUGUCAUCUGCGGCGCGGAUUCAGUAGUGUCUUCUCAAGAGGACACGAGGACUCCAGUGAGCAGAAAUCCGAGUGUGAAGGCCAGGGUGACAGAUGAUUUGAGAGUAAGGGAAGGCGACACAUGCACAGGCAGUGAAAAACGUGUUAAUGGAGGUACAAAGCCCAGGGUUUCACAAACAAAGACUCUUGUCAGAGCCAGUUGCCUGUCCUUUGAGCAAACUCCAACCCACCCUCAGCAGACCUUGGUCCCAGAAUCUGACUCAGACUCAGAUGGCGAAACAGCGGGAGGAGGAGAAAGAAGAUGCGUGGCUCUUGUGUCUGAUUCAGACUCCCACAAGUCCAGUCCCAUUUGUUCCACAUUUUUGAGUCCCACAAAUAAAGUCAUUCCUGAAAGUGAAGAUGAAAGUCCCAUCACGCCAUCAUCCUCCACUAAAAAUAGACCAUGCAAACAUGUCAGCCUCAGCACUGAGGAGACAGAUGUAGAUUUGGGGCGACAUCAGCUGAAGAAAAAAGUGACACUUGUACUUGUGGAUGACAGUGAAGCAGAGGAAGAAGAGGAGGAAGAAAGAGCAGCACAACGAGCGACAAAGUCCAAGGAAAGUGGAGAAAAUGUCACAAUGAAACAGGAAAGCAAUGGUUGUACAGGGAAAGAUGAAUUGCCUGUGUCUACACCAGCAGUCUCCACAGAUUGCACUCCUGCUUUUGACAUUGACAGUGACACUGAUAUGGAGGAAGAGGAGGAAGGGGUGGCGUCUGCAGGACCUUCAACUUUGAAUACAAACCAACAAGUUGAUCAGCCACCAAAUACAGUUCAGUUUCACAUGGAUAGUGACACAGAUAUUGAAGAGGAUCAUGAUAUGCUUGGUAAAGUUCCCAAAACCCUGCCCUCCUCUAAUGAGAAUACCAAACCUCCUCACUGUAGUUUGGUCAUUCAGUCAGAGGACAUCAGCACAGACAGUAACACUGAUGUGGAUGAAGAUGCUGCUGUUUUGACGGAUGCUGCCAUGAAAGCAAAACCAGCAUCAUCUCAGAUCGCACAGAUCGCUGACUCUGCUUCUUCAAUGCAAAUACAUGAUUUCCACCUAGACAGCGACACAGAUGUUGAUGAGGAGGAGGAAGAAGGUGAAUGUGAAACUGAAAAAACAGAUGAAACAGUCAACAAAUUAGAUAUGAAAGUCAUAAGGCCUGAAUCUGCUGCUGCUGCUCCUCACAGCCUGCAUCUAGAUGCAGAUGAUGAAGCUAUCCCUGCCUCUACCAUUAGUGAACCCACAGUAGCUGCUGCUGUCAGAGAAUCGUGCAGCAGUGCAAAUGCAGGAGCUGUUUUGGAUACUCUGUCUGACGGUGAUACCGAUGUGGAAGAUAAUCCUCCCGUGGGUGUACCGGCUGCUGUCACAACAUGUAAAACGUCAGAGGCUCUUCAGUCAGAUUCGGGUGCUGACACGGAUGUGGAUGAAUCUAGCAUGCCUCCUGCUGGGGACAGGGCCCAUCUUCCUCACCUUAGAGUGGACAGUGACAAAGAUGUAGAGGAUAAGGAGGCUGGCAUUAAAGAGGCAGGGGAGGACCAGAUUCCUAGCCUGCACAGAGAAAAUACACCUGGGUUUCUGGUUCCACUUCUGCCGAACUGCUCUACUCCUAUACAGCUGUCAGCUGCAUCAUCUGGAGAACUGUCUUCCUGUUCAGACAUCCAGGAAGAUGUGGACUUUGCUGUGGCUGAGACGCAGGUCUUUGCACUUGAGGCUUCCGAUUACAAAGAAGACCAGUCCAGCAGCAGGGGGGAAUCUUUACAGCUGGGAUUAUCUGACAGCAGCCACCUACAGUGUCACAACCAAACUCUGGCCACAGAGGCCACUCAGCCUUUUUUCUCUGUGGAAGGAGAUGUGAUUUCAGAAGCUACCAAUACAUGUGCAGCCGUCUCAACUGCAGACGGACUCUCAGCAGAGGAUGACUUACACUUGGAGGUUACGGAGGCCCAUGCAGAAAAUGAGGACUCUGAUAGAUGUUCAGUUGCAUCUAAAAAUGUAGAAAGUCAGUCAGAUUUGGCCCUAGAGGCAACACAAGCAUAUAUUUCAGUACUUGACAGUGAUCCAGAUGACAAUACAAACCAAGAUGAGGGACAGAACACUCCUGCUACUGAGACACCUCCCAUUGUAUCUGCUUUUGCUUUUGCUGAAACCCAACUAAUGCCUUUCCAUGUUGAAGAGCAAAGUUUGGCAGUGGACAAUUCUGUUUGCUCGGUACAGCAAGUGAACCCCAGAACACAGACUAAAAUGGAAGAGAGGGAAGAAAAUGGGAAGGACGCUCACCCACAGGAGAGGAACCACAGUGAAGCUCAGUAUAUGGCCGCAACUCAGCCUAUCUGUACAAGUAGCAAUGAAGAAAGCGAUGACGAUUCAUUGCCAGGUCCAAGAAGAAGAAAAGCAAAGCCGCUGCAGCUUUCAGAGGAACAAACACAAUGCCUCAUUGAUUCUAAUGCUGAUGGAAGUCAGGCCACCGCUAUAAGUGAAGAUCAUGAAAGUGGCGAUAUGGACUUAAAGCCAGGUCCCAAAAAACAGAAAACGAAGCAACUUGAAGAGGAGACACAGCCUCUCACAAGUUCUGAAGUCUCUACUGUUGAAUCCCAGUCCUUACAUACAAACUCAUUACAACUUGAAGAUGGGAAAACACAGCCUUCCACUAGUUCUAACAUCUCUGCUGUAGAAACCCAGCAAAUAGUGACAAGUAAAGAACAGGACAGUGAUGGUCCACAAAGAAGAACAGUAAAGCAGCUUCAUCUUACAGAAGACAACAGACAACAUUCCGAGCUCUCCGCUGCUGAAAACCAACCGAUAGCUACAUGUGAAGAUGAUGCUGCAGACUCAAUGCUGGGCCCACGAAAACGGAAAGCAAAGCAUCUUGAAGACAAGACACAGCUCCUCACUAGUAAUGAAGUCUUUGCUGAUGACGACUCUGUUCCAGUUCUGCCAAAAAGAAAAGCUACAUUGCAACUUGAGAAAGAGGAGACACAGUCAGAGAUGUCUCCUGUUGAUACUCAGCCUUUAAAGACAACAACUGGCCUUAAGUCUCAGAAAAGAAAAAGGAUAGAAUCUACAGCAGAAACCACUAGAGCCAGUGCUAGAAAUUUAAGAACAUCAAGAUCAAGAGAAGGGGAAGAGCAGGCAGAGUGUUCUGUACCUCCAAAGAGACAGACAAGAGGAGGGGAUAAAUCCUUGCAAAACACCAAAGAAUUCCGAGGAAAAGCCAGGUCUGAUGAUGAUAAAAACGGGGAAGAGGUAAAGCAGGCAAAGCAGGCCCGAGGAAGAAAAAAUACGAGGCAACAGAAAGAUGACAAUGAAGAGAAAGAAAUGCUUGGAAUGGAAGGAAAUACACAUACUGUAAAUAAAAGCAAACAAAAAGAAGGGAAACAACAAGAGAGAGAAAAGACUGAGAAGGAAGCGAAGGAGACUGUUGGAAGAAAAGAGGAACAGGAGGAGACUGAGAGGCAGGAUGGGAGGGAAGAAAAAGAAAAAAUUGAAAAUGAAAGAAAAGUAAAUAAAGAAAAAUCUCAACAGGAAAACGAGGAGGAAGUUAAGCCCAAAGCACCUGCACGAAGUCGAAGAUCUACCCGAGCUAUGGCUUCCCAGCAUCCACCACAGAAUGAACAAGACUCAACCGCAUCAACCAAUGAUGAUUUCCCAGCAAGGAGAACCAGAUCUCGCUCAAACUCCUCCAACUCAAUUAGCUCAGAGAGGUCAGUCUCAAGUGUCAACACCCAGGAGUCCAAGGGAAGUGGCCGAGGGAGAGGAGCGAAGACACCCAGUAAGUCGCCUCAGGCAGCCAUUGUCAGAACUAGCUAUCGAAGAGCAACGGUGGCUGCAGGGCCGACAGAACAGGACAGCAGUGAUGUUCUUCCUCAGAGACUCCUUUCAAAGAACAACUCGUCCAACUCCCGUAGUCCUGAGGUUUCCAGCUGCAGUGUGAGGUCUCUAAACAGAGGAAGAAGAGGGAGGAAAGCAGAACCUGACCCAGACUUCAUCCCUGCUGUUACUCAUCACAGUGAUCAGAAUUCAGCUUCCAAACUGACAGCCAGAGGCAGGAAGAGCAGGAGACUAGAGGGAUCUUCCAGUGAGGUACUCAGUGGAAAUGAGAAAGAAAAGGCAGACUCCCAGCAAACUAGGACCACUAGAGGGCGACAGCAUUCUGAAUGUGCAGCAGCAGAUGAGACAGACCAAUCACCUCAUCAGGAAGGAUGUGCCAGUGAGGAAUUGCUUUUGCCUAAAAGGAAUGUCAGGGGCAGGAGUCAAAAAGCAGUGAGGAGUGAAGCUGUGGAGGAAUCAGUAACUUCUACAGCCAGUGGUGACAGGGCUAAAAACAGAGGCAGAGGAAGGAAGACUGAACUGAAGGCAAAUACAGGAGCAGACUACGGUCAAAGCACUAGCAUUUCCAAAGGAAUGGAUGAAACCCCAAAUACAGAAGCAGCAGAUGAAGAAGGGAAAAAUAAAACAGAGAUUCCUGCUGCUAUCCAAGUGAAGAGCGCAAGUAGUACACCCAGUACUCAAGCAAAGAAGAAUGCAAAAGAUUUUCAGCCUGAAAUGGAGGUGAAAGAGAGUGAAACAAUACAGGUGCAGACUGUUGAAAAGAGACCCAGGAGUCGGCCUUCAGCAUUGCAGAAAGAAAGAAAGAAGAAUGAAGGGCUGGAAGAAAGUGAAGCAUCUGUCACUUCCACGAGCCAGAAUUCAAAUGAGGACACAACAGAGCCCCAGACGCCAAUCAGCAGUCGAUCUCGGAAAAGGCAAGCUUUUGCAGACUCCUCUCCUGUGGCAAAGUCUCCACGCCACUCCUCUGCUUCCCCAGCAGCUACUGGUCGACUACGAGUUCCAAGCCUGGCCUACAAGGUGUUGUUCACAGGGGUGGUAGAUGAAGCAGGGGAGAAAGUGUUGGCUCGUUUAGGAGGCAGCAUGGCUAAAGGCAUAGCAGACAUGAACUGUCUGGUGACCGAUAAAGUGCGCAGGACUGUCAAAUUCCUAUGUGCUGUGGCUAAAGGUAUCCCAAUCGUCACCACAGACUGGCUGGAAAAGAGUGGUAAAGCUGGAAGCUUCCUGUCUCCUAAUGCUUUUGUUGUGAAGGAUCCCGAGCAGGAAAAGAAGUUCACUUUCUGCCUGCAGGAUUCCCUGAGGACUGCUAGCAGUCAGCCUCUCUUACAGGGAUAUAACAUCCAUGUCACAAAGUCAGUGAAGCCAGAGCCAGUUCACAUGAAAGACAUCAUUUCCUCAAGUGGAGCUAAUUUUCUCCCAAAGAUGCCGACCAGUAAUAAGCCUCAUACUGUUGUGAUUUCCUGUGAAGAGGACUGGCUGCUGUGUGGUCCAGCUGUAUCCGCAUCUAUCCCCGUGGUCACUGCCGAGUUCAUUCUCACAGGGAUCCUACAGCAGAAACUUGAUUUUCAGUACCACGAGCUCUCUCCACCUGCAGCUGCCCUGCAGUCUCCUGCAGGGGGCAAAGGAAGGGGCAGGAGGAAGACUUAGCAUUGAAGACCUGCACAGUAUGCCACUGUGUGUGUCAACAUAACUGGCAGCAGCGGUGCUGUCCAUUAUUUGUAGAUUCCCUUAUGAAUUUUACGUUGAUGGGAACAUUUGUGAGUCAGCUACUCGUCUAGACUAAAGAAUGUAUUUGCGUAUGUACACUGCUAGUGCUGGAAGGAUGAGUGUUGUUUUACUGACGGCUGGUAAAUGUUUAAAAAUGAAUUUUACACUUUGCAAAAGAGUGAUGUGACAAACCAAACAUGGGGAGUUUAACAGACAGACAAGUUUUGGAUGGAUGCUGAAACCUUUCUUUAAUCAUGAUGUCAAAAAUCUACUUUCUGUACAGUCUUAUCUUUUUAUCUACACAUGAAAAAAUACAAUUUUGCAAAGCUGUUGUAAUGUUGCUGCUAUGCAAGGUGAGAUAAAAUAGCUGUCCUUUCCUAUCACUAUCCCCAUUUGCACAAUAACAACAAGCAGAGUAUAAAUUACUGCUGCUCGGUUUUUUUUACAUGUUCCAAGUGCUUAAGCUCUACCAGCUGGCUUGGCAGGUAACGUACUAUGAACUGAGAGUUAUAAAGAUCAUGUUAAGAUAGCAGAAUAGCUGUGCUGAUGGGGUUUUCUUUUCAAAUCCCCCAGCUAUGGUGAUGUAUCUAUGACAAAAGCUUGUUUACUGUCUUGUUAAGUGCAUAUUAGCUUUUAUAGUGAGAUCAACAUGAACUUACCAGUAUGUUUGCUGUUUCCUCGUCCAUCGUCUCCAUUAACCACCUACUCCAUUAAGACUUCAUCCAAUCCUAUUACCUUCAGGGAAAGCCAAAUACAAUUAUAGGUAACUGACUGCUGCUACAUCAAUAUCUUAUGGCGUUCCCAUCCAUUUAUGAACUGUCUGUGGACUUCAUGUGUACAUGUCUUUGUGUUUUAAAAGACUGGUAUACACAAAUCACAUUUGGUUUUCUCUCAUGACCCACAGCAAACUUUUUUCCAUGUUCUUCCUGGUGUAACUUUUAAUUUGCUAAUGACAUUUACUAAUAAAAACAAUACAUAUUUUCUUUA